UCACUCUGUAAGGCAAAGUUUGUUGGCAAAGGCAUAUUUUGCUAUAUAUUUACUGAUUACCAACAUAACUCGAUCGUAUUAUAAAAUAUGCAUAAAUGCUGAGGCAAUAUCUAAAACAAGUAAUCAAAGUAUUCAUAAGAUAAUUGAACAAAUCGGCGAUUGGCCCAUGGCUACUAACAAACAAUGGAAUCCUGUGGAUUUUGAUUGGAUGGAGGCAACCGUUAAGUUACGCUGGUUAGGAAUCAGCAGUGAUGAAUUCAUAAAAAUUCAACCUGUUAUCGACGUUUUCAAUAACACAAUCUAUCGUAUUGGGAUAAACGAACCUAAAUUAAGUUUAGACAGGAACCAACUGAUUGGCAAUAGCUCUGUGAUCAAGCAUUAUGUAAAUUUCAUGAAAAAAACAGCCUUAACAUACGGUGGUCAAAGGGAAAUGAUUGAGCAUGAUGUAUAUGAAGUACUUGAAUUUGAACGAGAAUUAUCUUUGCUAACAAUGCCUGAAGAAGCUGUUCGUGAAUCUAUCAUGUUUUAUCGUUCCAUGACUGUUGCUGAUUUGAGUACAUUGGCUCCCUCGAUUCCAUGGGUUGAAUUUUUGUCGGGACUUAUUGGUAGAGAAAUCAGUGACGAUCAAUUUUUAUUGGUUAAAAAUUUCAACGGUUUCAUUACUCGGUUAGAGUUGCUGUUGAAGAAAAUGGAAAAAGCUUAAUAACAGCGUAAUAUUGGCAAC